AAUGAAGACUGGAGAUAGUGUGUACAAUUCUUAGUUGGACAACGUUUGUGUCGAAAACUCAUAAACUACAUGCUUACCAGAUUUGUUGUGUACGCGAGCGGAAUGGUUUGACGGACAUACAGUAACAUAUUUUGACAGGUGGCAUAGUGAACUGGUUUAUUUUGCCGUAUUUCAGGGUUAUUGCACGUUCAUUUAACAAACGGUUUAAUUCGUAAAGAAGACUGUUACAUGAUCUUACCAUUAACAUUCAUAAAAACUGUGUUUGAUCCUCAUUUACAUGUAGAUUAAUCGUUUCAUUAACUACCCUUCAGUUCAUAAUAUUGGCAGCCAUUUUGUUGUUAUUUUCCAUAAACGUCAUAUAACCGUUCUCACAUUUUGGGUAUACUAGUCAAGUCAGCCUUGGGACACUAUUAUCUUCAUUUGUAAUUGCUUAUUUAUAGUUUACAACCAGUGCCUGUUGUUUAAAUCAUAGCCUUCCUGUAAAGCCAAAGCUGUAUACACAAGUUUUCUUAUUUGUGAACUAAAGCCUACAUGUACCAUUGGUGUGAGAAGGAUAAUGGAGAAGUAUGAGAAGCUCACCCGAAUUGGGGAGGGUUCAUAUGGCGUUGUGUUCAAAUGCCGAAAUAAAGAGACAGGCGUUAUUGUGGCCAUCAAACGAUUCGUGGAAUCAGAAGAGGAUCCACUUAUCAAGAAGAUAGCGAUGCGAGAGAUCCGAAUGUUGAAGCAACUGAAGCAUCCUAAUCUUGUAAAUCUCAUAGAGGUAUUUAGAAGAAAGAAACGACUACAUCUGGUGUUUGAGUAUGUUGAUCACACGGUGCUACAUGAGCUUGAGAGAUUUCCGAGGGGAGUGAAUGAGGAAUUGGUAAAAAAGAUUGUAAGUCAGACUCUAGAAGCUGUCAAUUACUGUCAUAGUCGAAAUUGUAUACACAGAGAUGUUAAGCCAGAAAACAUUCUGCUGUCUGCAGAACGACAAGUCAAACUUUGUGAUUUUGGCUUUGCUAGAGUUUUAACCGGACCAUCAGAUGAAUACACAGACUACGUAGCAACAAGAUGGUACCGAGCUCCUGAACUACUAGUAGGGGACCCCAAAUAUGGUCCUCCUGUAGAUGUCUGGGCUAUCGGCUGUGUAUUUGCUGAACUGCUCUCGGGACAGGCACUGUGGCCAGGAAAAUCAGAUCUAGACCAAAUCUUCCAGAUUAAAAAGACACUAGGGGACUUAUUACCGUCACAAAAAUCUGCAUUUUCUUCAAAUAUAUUUUUCCAAGGACUGGAAAUUCCAAAUGUAGAGCCAGAUAAUUACGAGCCCUUGGAAGCAAAAUUCUCAAAGAUUUCUGCACAAGCUCUGAGUUUUAUGAAGAACUGUUUGAAGAUGGACCCUGCAGAGAGGAUGACAUGUGAGGAAUUGCUAAAGCAUCCAUACCUGGAUGGUAUGACAUUGCUUCUCGACACCAGCCAACGGAAAAACGAGCGCAAGAAGCAGCCGUCUCGGACAAGUAAUCAUAAUUUGCCGUACUUUAGAAAUAAGAAAUGGAAACCCACAAAGGGGAAGGAUAACGAGUACCACAGGGAUGGUCAGUCGGACCAGCUGCCAAUGAAACCUUACCGAUUAAGGGAGGAAGACACACAGAGAGACUGUGAGAAGUGGAAGUCUUCAUGGAAAGGGAAAGAUGCUGAGUCUCAUAAAGAGAUAGAGCCAUGGAAACAGCCCCGGGCUCGAGAAGAUGACAUUCAGGGAGAUGUGGAGCGUCAUUUUUAUAAACCGGUACAUCGAUGGAAGCCCAUGAAGGUCAAAGACAAUGACUACCACAAAGAUAUGGAGAUCACUGGUAAGCCUGUCAAAUGGAAGGAUACAGAUAUACUUAAGGAAUCGGAGCCAUGGAAACAGGCACGAGGCAGGGACAAUGAUUCCCAGAAUGAUCACGAGACCUGGAAACCAUCAAGAAACAGAGAUGAUGACACACAGUCACGAGAUAUUGAGUUGUCAUGGAAACCAGCAAAAGUUAAGGAAGGAGAAUUAAAGGAGCCUGAGACAAACUACAACAUGUUGCCGGUUCUGAAUGCAACCAACAACACGUCUACCUCCCCUGCCCCGAAAGGGUAUGUUGGGAAGAAAAAUCCCCUCCACGACCAUCACCCUGCGAAGCAGAGUCACGACCACCAUCAUCACCUGCCGAACAUCUGACUCUAUGGCCAAGGGGUGAUGCGUCAUGACAACUAAAUGUCUGUUAGUUGUCAUAACACAGAAUCCUGGAGGCCAAUGUUUUCAUGGUGUCGGGAGCAAUGGACAUGUGUUGUGCCUUCCACACCCUUGUCUGCUGCUUCUCACUAACACCUUCGAUUUGUUUUUAGACAGACUAUAAGGUACCCCCGCAUCAUCCAUGGUUUGCCAAAAUAAGAAACAAUGUAUCGAAAUUCUAUAUACAGGCAACAGAUAUUGCAAAUUAGAUGAAUAGAUAUCGAAACAUCGAUCAGAAUAUGUUCCAAAGAAAAAGAGUUCUAAACAACCAAAAUCACUAAAUUCUAUCGGUACUCUACACAUUUAGUGCUGAUAAAACAAAAUUUGGCUUGUGACAAUUAAUAAUUGAAAGUAAAAUUGAAGUCUUUUGAUCAAACAUUGUAAUAUUUGUAAGGCAAGAAGUCAUUCUGAAUAUCAAUACAUUAGAAUCUCAUUAUAGAAAUCUGUACACUUGUUUCUCAAGCCAUGGAUAAAACAUUCAGAUUCAUUAUGAGCAACUGCUAGCGGUAGACAGAGCAUAAAGACAUGUUUGUGUGAUUUUCUCAGUGCCCAAUUAUAUAGACUUAAUACCUAUGUAAUUGACACAGAUCUAAACCUCACCUGUACCUAUUUUGGUGAUGUAAUUGAUUACAUUUUUAUGAGAAUUGUGUAUGUAUGAUUUUUCCAUUGUUGUUGUUUUUGUUGUUGUUUUUAUGUGACUUUUUUUCAAAAAAGUAACUGGGGUGGUUUAGUUUUUUGUUUUGUCCUUAAUUGUUAGCUGCAUAGACUUAAUUGUAUGUUAGCUGCCUAUUGCUGAGAGUUUUGUAUGAGAAUGGAAGGGGUUAUGAACGUAUGUUAGCAUUACAAACCACAAUGACUGUCGAUGCGGGGAACCUACGGGUGAAUGUCUGUAUGCUUUGCACUUACAAUUUUUAUUUUAUUUUGUUCUUCGAUUAUAUCCCUAAGUAGCUAUUAGAAAAUUACUUCAUAAUUGAAAAUGGAUGAGAGAUUUUUUUUUAUAUUUAAUUAUAUAAAAUUACUUGAUCUAACUGUUUAAUU